CCCCCCCUCCCUCUCCCCCCACGCCCCCGCCCCCCCCCCCCCCGCCCACGCCCACCCCCCCCCCCCCCCUUUCCCCCCACGCCCUCCCCCUCUCCUUCCGCCCACGCCCCCCCCCCUCUCCUUCCGCCCACGCCCUCCCCCCUCUCCUUCCGCCCACGCCCUCCCCCCCUCUCCUUCCGCCCACGCCCUCCCCCCCCUCCUUUCCCUCCACGCCACCCCUCCCCCCCUUCCUUUCCCCCCACGCCCUCCCCCCCUCUCCUUCCGCCCCCGCCCUCCCCCUCUCCUUUGCCCCCCUCCCCCCCUCUCCUUCCGCCCCCCGCCCCCCCCUCCCCCCUCUCCUUUCCCCCCCGCCCCCCCCCCUUCCUUCCCCCCAGCCCCCGCCCUCCCCCCUCUCCUUCCGCCCACGCCCCUCCCCCCCCUCCUUCCGCCCACGCCCUCCCCCCUCUCCCUUUCCGCCCCCCCCCUCCCCCUCCCUUCCGCCCCCGCCCUCCCCCCCUUUCCCUUUCCCCCACCCCUCCCCCUCUUCUUCCGCCCCGCCCUCCCCCCUCCUCCUCCGCCACGCCCUCCCCCCUCUCCUUACGCCCACCCCGCCCUCCCCCCCUCUCCUUCCGCCCCCCGCCCCCCCUCCCUCCCUCUCCCCCGCCCCCGCCCCCCCCCUCUCCUUUCCCCCCACGCCCUCCCCCCCCUCCUUCCCCCCCCCCUCUCCUUCCCUCCACGCCCCGCCCUCCCCCCUCUCCUCCGCCCAGCCCCCCCCCCCCCUCUCCCUUUCCCCCCGCCCCCGCCCUCCCCCCCCCCUUCCCCCCACGCCCUCCCCCCCUCUCCUCCGCCCCCCCCCCCCCUCUCCUUCCCCCCCGCCCCCCCCCCCUCUCCUUCCGCCCAGCCCUCUUUUCCCCCACCCCCACCCCUCCCCCCUCUCCCUUUCCCUCCCGCCCACGCCCUCCCCCCCCCUCCCCCCCGCCCACGCCCCCGCCCUCCCCCUCUUCCCCCACCCCACCCCCCCCCCCCUCUCCUCCCCCCGCCCCCCCCCCUCCCCCCCCAGCCGGGAGCGACUCAGUGGCAGAGCUCAUUGGCAUAGCUCAGUGGCAUAGCUCAGUGGCAGAUCUCAGUGGCAUAGGUCAGUGGCAUAGAGCUCAGUGGCAGAGCUCAGUCGCAGAGCUCAGUGGCAUAGCUCAGUGGCAGAGCUCAGUCGCAGAGCUCAAUGGGUUAGCAAUCGAGAACUCGUGGGUUCGCGCCCGGCCGCCCCUCUCAGUUGACUCAGCCGUGAAUGAGCACUGGUAUGCCGGGGUCAAAAUGCCGGGGUCAAAAUGCCGGGGUCAAAAUGCCGGGGUCAAGUUAGCAGCAAGAGAUAACAGCAUUCUCACGCAGUUCAUAUCUCCGGGCGAUAGUGAGGAGCCAGAAACAAUGUCACGUGUUCGCAUGCAGCCGUGCUUACAUUACAGAGUUGUUCGACAAUAG